AUGGACCAACAUAUUAAUAUACCCAUGAACGAAUUGAUUAUGGAAACCAUGUCAAGUAUGAGCUCUGAGAUGAAGGAGAUGUGGUCUUUGAUUGUGAAGCUGAAGAAACCCUACAAAUACCCCCAGAGGAUUAGACUUGAUGUCAUACCACCAAUACCCCAAAUACAAAGGCCACAUGUCAAUGGCCAUGACUCUGAGAGCAUACCAGAACUGAGGAACAAUCCACAGGAUGUAAUGCCUGUACCAGAGUUGGAUUAUCUGGCAAUUCAGGAUGAUCUGGGAAGUUAUACCCGAAAGAAUGAACCAGCCCAAUACAGUAUUUCUAGAUUGGACAGAUAUGAAUCAACUGGGCAGAUGAUGAAGAAAAUGGAAGACCAGAAUGAAGUCCAAUGCCAGACACCAGAAACAGCAAUGACAAUAGCAACAACCUUGAUGGAAUCACUCCAUAACCCUACACCAUCUGGAUUGGAGAAGAUGAACAUGACUGAUCAGACCACAAUAGCCCUUUCUAUGGAGGAAAUCGACCAGAUAUUGAAUACCCUAUCUAUGAGAUUGAAUGCAAUGGAAGGAUCAUUAA